AUGGCUGCAAGACAAUUCAUCAUUAGAUCAUUUUUCUCCAAACUUAUAAACAGAACUUGUUCAAGAAAACCAACCGGAGUACAAACAGAUUUUUUCAAAAAUAAUCUGCCAUUGUCUGUAAUGUGUUUAUGUGGAGGAUCAGCCACAAUUAUAGCAGUUUGUAAGUUAAGAUCUAUUCAAAAUGUUUAUGCUGCACAACCCAAGACUGAUGAAGAUGUGAAGGUGGUAAAGUUGACAUCUAGGGAAAAAAGAUUCAUUCGCUUUGCAUCUGUUGAAUAUGAUGGACAACUCUACAUGACCCCUCAAGACUUUUUAGAGUCUGUUGUGGAAGCCGAACCACGCCCUAGAAUGAAGAGAAAAUUAUUGACCAUGAAGGAACUGGAGAAAAUCAAAGAAGCAACACCAUCACUGAGCCAAGGCUCGCCAAGAUUGUUCAGAAGUUUGAGAGACAAGGGUAUAAUUUCGUACACGGAAUAUUUGUUUCUUUUAUCAAUACUUACAAAGCCUCAGUCUGGUUUCAGGAUUGCAUUCAAUAUGUUUGAUACAGACGGCAACCAACGAGUGGACAAGAACGAAUUUCUUGUGAUACGGAAACUAUUGGCAGGCAAAAAAAUUGAAGAUGAAGUUGCUAUGGAGAAAAUAUUCAGUCAUGCUUGGAAAGGUAAACGAGGCAUGGCCAAUGAAGAAACUGAACAAGUGACGACAAUUCAAGAACAAUACGUUGAUGAUGAACAGGGCUUACAGAGGAAACAUGUGGUUGAUACGACACUGAUUGUUCACUUCUUCGGUCUGAGAGGAAAUCACGAUUUGAACUUCGAGAGUUUCAAAAAGUUUAUGCUCCACUUACAAACUGAAGUUCUGGAAUUGGAAUUCAAUGAGUUUUCCAAAGGCCUUGCCACUAUUUCUGAGGUUGAUUUUGCCAAGAUACUAUUGCGAUACACAUAUUUAGAUACGGAUGAAUAUGACAUGUACCUGGAUAGGUUAUUAGAUAGAAUGAAGGAUACUAAAGGUAUCACUUUCGAAGAGUUUCACGUGUUCUGCCAAUUCCUCAAUAAUUUGGAAGAUUUCACUAUUGCCAUGAGAAUGUACACCCUCGCGGAUCAUCCAAUAUCGAAAGAUGAAUUCCAUAGAGCGGUUAAGAUAUGUACGGGUACCAAUCUGAGUCGACAUUUAGUUCAUACAGUAUUCGCCAUAUUUGACGAUGACGGAGAUGGUUUAUUGAGCUAUCGAGAAUUUAUAGCCAUAAUGAAGGACCGUUUACAUAGAGGAUUCAAGUCGUACGCCAAAAACGAAGGUUGGGAAGCGUUUAAAUCUUGUAUCAAGCAAGAGAUGAAAACACCUGCUUAA